ACCAAUUUAGGAACAAAAUAUGGAAUUCCUCUCAUGAUUCCACCCACAGUAGCCAAAAAUAGAUUAUAUAGCUAAAAAUAGUUUUUUCUUAUUCUAUUUAUUUGUAACCUAUCAAUGUAAAAAUAUAUGCAAUAAAAUGGAAAAAGAUCACAUGGUAUCAAAGCAGCACGUUUUAUAGGGUUCUACCAUUACCACCACCUCCUAGCCAAAGCUUCAAUUUUUCCGACCAUGGAGGACAUCAGAACUGAAGAAAAAUCUGGUGACUCUUGUGGUGAUCCUGACACCCUUCUCAUAGAUAUAAUUACCACAAAAAUGACAGAAUUUUUGACCAAAGCCAAGAUCCCAACUAUGACCCAUGAAACUACAGCCGGCCAGAUUGGUGUCAAGUUGGAUGGUUCCAACUACGCUCUAUGGUCCCAGGUUGUCGAGAUGUACAUCUCCGGCAAAGACAAACUGGGUUAUAUCAAUGGUGAUUUCCCUCAACCCUCUCUAACUCAUCCCUCUUUUCGAAAGUGGGGCACCUAAGAUGCCAUCGUCAAAGGUUGGUUGAUAAACUCCAUGGAUCCAACACUCAUUGUUAAUUUCAUUAGAUUUCCUGCUGCCAAAUCAGUUUGGGAUGCCAUUGCUACUACAUUUUUUUAUUGCAAUGACUCUUCUCAAGUCUAUGACCUUUGACGACAAGUGUCUCGACUGAAACAAGGCAAUGACUCCCUUGAGAAAUACUACUCCGAACUGCAGGGACUUUGGCAAGAAAUUGACUUCCUUUGCCCCAAUCCAAUGAUAUGUGCUACUGACAUCAACAAAUAUAACUCUCUGGUCCAAGAAGAACGAGUAUACAAAUUCUUGGAUGGAAUUGAUGACCAACUGGAUAGUGUAAGAGGCGAUGUUCUCCAGAUGAAACUGUUUCCAACCAUUGAACAAGUAUAUGCACAGGUUCGCCGGGAAGCACUCCGACAGGCUGUCAUGACCACCGACCCUGCCACUAUCUCUAGUGCGGUUCUGGUCACAAAAAGGCUGCAACUGGGUUCUAGUGUUCCUACCUCUACUGGCACAUCAUCUCGAGGUACAGGAAAAUUGACCGUUGGUUCCAAAAUUUGCAGCACUAUUGAAGGGGGAAAAUGUUCUUACUGUGGUAAUAAAAAACACACCCAUGAUAAUUGCUUCAAACUCCAUGGAUACCUCGACUGGUGGCUAUGAAGAAACGACCAGGUGUAGUUGUAAGCACAGGGAUGGCAGCUGUGGUGACAACUGACUCUCCACUAUCUCUAAUUCCCCAAGCUGAAUUGUCAACAGAUGGAGGUCCUGACUCUGACUUAGAUUUUACUCAAAAACCCCCACCACGACGCACUAGUGUUGCAAAUGCAAAUGGGACUCUUUCUCCAGUCACAGGGUUUGGUUCUGUGACUUUGUCUCCCUCUCUUCAAUUAUCUAAUGCAUUAGUUGUGCUAUCACUUAGCCAUAAAUUAUUAUCUGUUAGUCAAGCUACUAAAGAAUUAAAUUGUGCGAUGCUAAUUUACCCUACUUUUUGCCUUCUUCAGGAUAUUUUCACGAGGUAGAUAAUUGGGUGUGGUACUAGAAGAGGGGGAUUAUACUAUUUGGAAGAUUUCAGCGUGGGAAGUACACAUCUUGUUCGGGGUGAUGCUCGAGAACGACAGAUUUGGCUCUGGCAUCGUUGUUUGGGACAUCCAUCAUUUGGUUAUUUGAAACAUUUAUUGCCUGAUUUGUUUUUGAAUAUGGAUAUUCUAGUUUAAAAUGCGGUACUUGCAUUGUUGCUAAAAGUCAUCGCAACUCAUAUCCUUUGAGCAUGAAUAAAAGUAGU